AUGUCUUCAUUGUGUGCAACCUGUCUGUUUUGUCGCAUCAUCAGGAAAGAAAUACCCUCUGCUAUUGUCUACGAGUCUCAAAAGACGCUGGCAUUUAUGGAUCUAUUUCCCCUAUCAAUGGGCCACAUUUUGGUCAUCCCUAAAUACCAUGCUGCCAAAGUGCAUGAAGUUCCAGACGCGUAUCUUGAUGAGAUUUUACCUGUCGCCAAAAAGAUCGCCCAAGCCUCAAUUUCGGUCACCGGAGUCACGGAGUAUAAUAUUCUGCAAAACAACGGCAGAGAGGCCCAUCAGGAAAUCGAGCACGUCCACUUUCACAUAAUCCCAAAGCCUAAUAAAGAUGAAGGCCUCGGCAUUCAUUGGCCGGCCAAAAAAGGCGAUGCAGAAUCCCUCCAGGAACUUGCCAGGGCGAUUUCGAAGCAAUACUGA